GUUUUCAUGAAAUGAACUCUAUUUUCAAACUAAACCUCAUUUCGUAUAUAAAUUGAACGCAACUCUUGAGCUCACGUUAAGUCAAUGUUUGGCAGAAAACUCAUAACAUAUUUGUCUGUAAUUAAUAAAAUCACAAAACUUCCCAAAGUUUGUGUCAACGCAUACGCCAUACGAAGAAUGUCUGCCAACAGUCACUACAAACAGAUCCAAGUGUUGAACUACUCGACCAACUUCGCUGAGGCGACUAAAAUAGUUUCGCUGCCUUUAGUGGAUCCCAAAAGUGAUGAAAUACUUGUGAAGAAUCUCUUUGUGGGCAUCAAUGCCACGGAUCUGAACAUCACUGCCGGACGUUAUUUCAAACACUCGGACCCGCCCUAUCCCCUGGGCUUUGAAGCUCUGGGACAAAUUGUCAAGACUGGAAGCGCUAUCAAGGACUACAGUGUCGGUCAGUACCUGGUUGUAAUGUGUGGUAGUGGUAGACUGAAGGGAUAUUCAGAGUAUUUGGUGAUUACCGCUAAUUAA